CACGGAAAGUGUUCCAUCCGGCCCACGGCCCAACCUAGUUUCUUCCCCGUCCCCCUGCCCUGCCCCCAACCAGCUACAGGCCUCCUGUCUUCCACGUCGCCGGAGGUCCUCUCGCCGCCGCGCUCUUCCUGCCCUUCCUUCUCCCCUGUGCUGGCGGGGAGCGGAGUGGAGAUCAUCUGAAGUUGGAGCGGUUCCUUCUUUGCUAGAGAGCCAACGUAUCAAGAUGACAGAACCAUCAUCAUCAUCAUAUUCAUUGUCUUCCAAAAAGCGACCACGCUCUCCUAAUGAUAAUGAUGAACAUCCUCUAGGCAGAGAUCAAAUCUGCUCAAGCCUUGGUGCGCGCUACUCAUUCUCCAAGGACAAUCUUACAUUCAACGAUACCAUGAUAGCUCUUCAAUUGAUGCGCACCCAGUUUCCGAAGCUGGAAAAGCUUGUGGUGCAGCCAUUCAUUUUGCAGUCACAAUUGUAUAGCAGUGUGAAGGAUAGAACACAAGUUGACAGAGACUUGGAGUCAUUCAAGAAAGAAAAAGUGCUACGUAUAUUCAAACUUAGUUCUGGGCAGGAUGAUCAUGCAAUCAUGUUCAUGGAUGAUUAUUUGAAACAGGUCGCUUUUGCAAUUAAGCGGUCUGGGGGUAAAGAACAAGAUGGUAGUGAAGUGUUUGAGUGGUUUGAGAGAUAUGUUGUCCCUUCAAAACUGGAUGUUAGCAUAAAUCAAUUAGAACUGUGUUCACUGUUAUCACGCGGUGGUGAUGUUACAGACAAACAUAUAACACUUUUGAUGAAUGCUGGUCUUUUGACACGCCAACUUAUUGAUCCAUACAUUUACUGGUUUGCUAUUCCAAGAAUUGGCCCCAUAUUGAAAGGCCUAUCGCAGCAGGGUAGGAAGGAAAUUCUUUCGCUGUUGAACCGCAAAAAGUACAAGGAGAUGCUACUCUCUUCACUGGAGAAGACAAAGCUAAGAUUAUCACCUCUUGAUACGCGAUUCCUCCUUCGUGAUUUGAUUGGAUCCGGUCACAUAAAAACAGUUCAGACGCCCACUGGUUUACUUGCUCGCAUAACAAGAGAUUGAUAAAGCUGCCUGUUGUAAUUCUGCUCAUUUUUCUGCCUUUAUCUGAUAGGCAUUGCGUUCCACUUUUUCUGAACAUCUUUAGAGAGAAAGGAAAGUUACCUACGCAUACGACAAAAGGAGAAACCGGGUCUAGAAAACCUGUGUUCAGAAAAAGAGACAUGUUGCAUUGCACCUCACUGUCUAGCUUGUCGUGUAGCAGCAUCCACCAUCCAUGUCUGGUGAACAAUACUAGUUAUCUGAGUACUAAAUCACUGUCAUUUUUUUU